AUGAAUAAUUCUAUUUGUUUGCUACAAUACACCAAUGCAUUCGAUUUUAUGAGUGUUUCAGAUCUUGAUGAUACUGUACAAGCACAGACUACAGGAGGUUUAAUUCAAGGUCUUAGAUAUGAUGACUAUGCUGUAUUCUAUGGUAUUCCAUUUGCUGCUCCACCAGUAGGUCCAGCCCGUUGGCAACCACCAACCGAUCCCGAAUCAUGGCAACCAAAAGUUUUAGAUGCUAGAUACCCACAAUUUGGAUGUCCACAAAACUGUGAAUUACCACCAGGUACUUGUCCAACCAAUACCAGUGAAAAUUGUUUAUAUUUAAAUGUCUUUGUACCAAUUAGUGCUUUGCCAUUGGGUCCAAACGAUGCCACUCGUCCAGUUAUGGCUUUCUUACCAGGUGGUCGUUUCGAACAAGGUGCUGCUGCCACUGUUUUGUACAAUGCAAGAACAAUGGUAAAUAGCUCCGAUGCUAUUGUUGUCACAAUCAACUAUCGUCUCGGUGUUUUAGGUUUCCUCAUUACCGAUGAAUUCAGUGGAAACUAUGGAUUCCUCGACCAACGUCAAGCUCUCAUGUGGAUUCAAAACAACAUUGCCUACUUUGGUGGUGACCGUACUCGUGUCACUCUCUGUGGUCAAUCUGCUGGUGCCACCAGUAUUGCUGCCCAUAUUACUUCGCCAUUGUCUUUCGGAUUGUUCCACCAAGCCAUCUCUGAAUCCAAUCCAUACCUUCUUGAUUUGAAGACCAGAGAAAUUGAGACCAAGAACAGUAUGAACUUUGCCAAAGCAGUAGGUUGUCCAACUGCCGAUGCCAGUUGUCUCUACCAAUUGACACCAGAGGAAAUCAUUCAAGGUCAAAUCAAAGCACAAAACGAAAUCGAUAUAUUGAUCCCAUUGGCCUUGUUCUUGCCAUGGACACCAACCGUUGAUGGUACCGAGAUUUUCGACCAACCAAUCAAUCUCAUCAAACAAGGUAAAUUCUAUGAAAUCCCAAUGAUAGUAGGAACAUGUAUGGAAGAAGCACUUCUCUUCAUUUACCAAGCUGCCAACAAGAGUAUCUCCAAGUUUGAAUAUGAAAUAGGUAUGGAUGGAUUAUUCUUGAAUCUCGAUGAUGCCAAACAAGUAAUUGCUCAAUAUCCACCAAUUAGUGGAGAUAAUCGUCCAGUUUUAUCAGUUAUUGGAACUGAUUAUAUCUUUGUUUGUCCAAACAGAAAUAUGACAAGAUACUUGAGUAGAUCUGAAACAAUUUACACCUAUCAAUUCCAACAUGUAUUGUCAUUUGAUGCAUGGGGUCCAUUAUAUCCUAACUGUGUUGGUCAUGUAUGUCAUGGAUCUGAACUUCCAUUUGUCUUUAAUAGCGCCAGUCUCGGUGGAUACACUUUUACUCCAGAUGAACAAACACUUGCCUAUGCUAUGAACAACUAUUGGAUGAACUUUGUAGUCAAUGGAAAUCCAAAUAUUGGUUUACCAGUUCCAACUCAAUGGCCAACAUUCAACGAAACAGGUGACCAAACUUUGAUUUUCCAAGCUCCAACUCCAUACGUCGAAAGUGGUUUGCUCAGCCAAAAGUGUGAUUUCUGGGAUUCCAUGGGUUACGAUAAUCCCGUUAGAUAA